AUGAUCACAUAUCGUCACAGACGCGUGGUUUUCGGAGUGACAUCAAGUCCAUUUCUUCUCGUAGCUACGAUCAACCACCACCUAGAUAAUUGCGCGGAACCCUACAAGGAGACUGCAAUGAAGUUGAAGAAAUCGUUCUACGUAGAUAACUGCGUCACUAGCCUGGAAUCAGAGCAGGAGUUGGAAAAGUUCAUCAGUGAAUCAAAGAAAGUAAUGCUCGACGGUAUGUUUGACCUCAGAGGAUGGAUCACGAGUCCCGUAAUUGUUGAUCAUAAUGUGGAAAAUACCUCGAUACUAGGGGUAAUUUGGAAUAUCAAAAAUGAUACCCUACAAUGUAAUGCUAAUUUGAAAAACAUUGACAUGAAACUGUCAAAACGAUCCUUACUAUCGAUAGCUCAAAGGGUUUUCGAUCCUAUUGGAGUAACCUGUCCUACGACUAUUGUUCCUAAGAUGAUAAUGCAAAGGGCUUGGUGUAGAAAACUUUCUUGGGACGAGAAAUUACCCGGUGAUUUGGCUAAGGAUUUUAAAAAGUGGUUAGAACAAGCUCACGUCAUCAAUGAUUGCAUUAUUCCCAGGCGGCUGACUAGUAUGCCUAUAAAAGAUUGUGAAACAUCAUUACACGUGUUCUGUGACGCAAGCAAGGACGCAUAUUCAGCAUGUAUAUUUUUGCGGUCAAAACAAGGUGAAAAUGUUAACCUGAGUCUCGUUCUAGCAAAGUCCAGAGUAACACCGGUGGACAAAAUAACUAUUCCGCGACUGGAACUGGUGGCUGCAACUCUUGCUAGCAGAUUAUCCGUAACUGUUAUUGAAUCGCUGGAUUUGCCUGAUUGUGACUUAUAUUUUUGGUCAGACUCAAGCGUCGUACUUACGUGGAUCAAGUGUGAGGGACCAUGGAGCGUAUUCGUAACAAACCGAGUAAAGGAAAUAAAGGGUUUGAGUUCCUCCGCUGCCUGGAGACAUGUUCCAGGUCACCUUAAUCCUGCCGACUUGCCUUCCAGAGGUGUGGCACCUAAAGGAUUGCUCGAGAGCCGAUGGUGGGAGGGUCCAGCGUGGUUGCGCUUAGACAAAGAACACUGGCCGGUUGCAGAAUUCACAUCUAACGCGCCAGAAGCUGAUGACGAGCGAAAGAAGACUAGUACUUUUGCCAUGCUUGUCGAAGAUGAAUCUUUCUUAGACAGACUAACCUAUUUUUCGAGCUACACAAAAUUGGUUAGAAUGAUUUGCUGGAUACUGCGAUUAAAGAAAAGAACAGGAUCUAGAGAAAUAACAUUCGACGAGUUUGAAUAUGCUGAGAAUGUACUUAUAAGGCUAAUACAACAGAGGUAUAAAGAGUCGUUACUCGAUAAAAAUAUACAAACCUUUGUUGAUGAUAAUGGAUUAAUAAGGCUGAACACAAAGUUGUCACUAGGAAGUGAAAACUACAAUUUCAAGUUCCCUAUUGUUCUUCCUGGAGCAAACACGAUCGUUAAGCGUCUAGUAGAGCGAAGGCACAUCGAGCUGAAGCAUGCUGGAGCACAGACCUUGCUAAAUAACUUGCGGCAAAAUUAUUGGAUAAUAGGAGCCCGAAAAUUAGUACGAAGUACUAUACAUCGAUGCAUUAUAUGCAAAAGAUUUAAAGCAAGGCGAUGUGAAGCGUCCACUGGAGUUUUGCCAAUAGAGCGGAUGGAAGCUAGUGUCGCCUACCAGUUUUCUGGUGUUGAUCUAACUGGCCCUUUGACAUUGCGUUCAGGAGACAAGGCUUGGAUCGUUCUGUUUACAUGCGCCACAUACCGUGCUGUACACCUAGAAGUAGUGGAGACACUGUCGACAGGCGACUUUUUGAUGGCGCUAAGGCGUUUCGUGGCGCGACGAGGACGAGUGGAACAGUUGUUUAGUGACAACGGCACAAAUUUCCGAGGUCUCGAUAAUGCGUUCAGUUCACUAGAUUGGGAUGAAAUACAACGUUUUUCAUCCCAAUCUAGUGAACUGAACGCAUUAUCGAGACCUCGGAAAUUUGUGCCGUUGUCACUAAACAACUGUUCCACUCGUCCUGUCACGGUCGCCAGAAAAUGUGGCAGAUGA